CUCUAUAUAUAUCGUUCCGAGACAGCAGCCAACAGGCGACACCAGAAGAGGCAAACAAAGAGUAAUAAAAAAAAAAAAAAAAAAACGAAGGAAGUAAUGGCGAGCUCGCACUGCUGGGAGAACCCGCCAGAGCUGAAUCCGGCCGGCGGAGGGGGUGAGGUCGUCGAGGACUUCGGCGGGCUGAAGACGUACGUCGCCGGCUCGGCGGAGUCCAAGGCCGCCGUCAUCCUCGUCUCCGACGUCUUCGGGUUCGAAGCGCCAAACCUGAGGAAGAUAGCAGACAAAGUUGCUUCGUCUGGUUACUUAGUUGUAGUGCCAGAUUUCCUGCAUGGGGAUCCAAAAGACCCCAACAAACCCAGCAAUCGUGAAAUGUGGUUACAGUCACACACUCCGAAAAAGGCAUGUGAAGAGGCAAAACCAGUAAUUGCUGCUCUAAAGGAGAAGGGAGUAUCGACCAUCGGGGCUGCAGGUUAUUGCUGGGGCGCAAAGGUUGUUGUGGAGCUAGGUAAAGUUCAUGAGAUCCAAGCUGCUGUAUUAUUACACCCUUCUUUACUUACUGUUGAUGACAUGAAAGAGGUCAAAUGCCCCAUUUCUAUGCUUGGUGCUGAAAAUGACAAAUCAACCCCGCCUGAAUUGUUAAAACAGUUCGAGCAAGUUCUUUCAGAUAACUCUGCGAUCGAUCACUUUGUCAAGAUUUUCCCCGGGGUAGCUCAUGGAUGGGCUGUGAGAUACAGCGACAAUGAUGCGGCUGCCGUCAAGAGUGCCGAGGAAGCCCUGCGAGACAUGACCGGCUGGUUUGAUAAAUACCUGAAGUGAAGUGAAAUAUGAACUAGCCGCUCUGCAUGUAAUAAGCUCCUGACGAUGCUCGUUGCUCAGCCAUACCGUGUUUCGCGUUUCUCUACUUGUGUUUGGUGUUUCUACUUGAAGAGUAGAAUAUUUAGACUCAAACCACUUAUGAAUCCUCAGCAUUCUGAACUGGAA